AUGGAGGAAUGGUCGUUUUUGACAAAUGGGUCUGUGUUAGAUUUGGCUGAAACUAGUGAUGCUGAUCCAAUUAAUGGGGGUAGUGUUGGUAGUGUUAUUGAAUUUGUAAAAGAUGGUGUAGAAUGUGUUUUUGGUGAUGAUGAUCGUAAGGGUAAUGAUAUUGAUACUGUAAAAGAUGUUGUAGGAUGUGUUAAUGCUGAUGAUGAUGAGUAUAAGGUUAGGUUAAGAUGUACAUUCGAUCAGGUUCUAUCUGUUUUUCUUAAGGAAAUUGGUGAUAGAGGUGUUGUUAGACCUGUACCUGCAGUUUUUGGUGAUAGGCAGCAUGUGGAUUUGUUCAAAUUGUUCUGUGUUGUGAGAGAUGAAGGUGGGUAUGAUUUGGUUUCGAGGAGGAGGCUUUGGUCUUACGUGUCUAAAGAGUUGGGUUUGGAUAAUGGGGCAACCGCGGCCUCGGUAAAAUUGAUCUACUUUAAGUAUUUGAAUGAGUUGGAGAUAUGGUUUAGGGAGAGUUGUCCAGAGUUUAGAGGUUUGUUGUUGGAUGGGACAGAGCAGAAGGACAAUGGUGAUGGACUGGUUCAUUUGGAUUCUGACCGAAAUGGGAAGUUUGAAUAUGGUUUAUCAGAUAACAAAGAUGCAUGUAUAAUGCAUUCAGGUACUGGAACUGGCAACGGUCAUGACGACGAAAAAGCUUGUCAUGAUGAUCAAAAUGGUACUUUGGUAUUACCCUCCAGUGUCGAUAGUAAAGAAAACGAACGUAAAAGAAAGCGACGAGAAUCCUUAUCAGGAAUGCUGAAUUGGGUAAUCCAGACAGCAACAAAACUUGGUGAUGUUUCAAUUGGAGAGAUACCGGAGCCUGCCAAGUGGAAGAAGCAUCAGGGCAACGAGUUCUGGUUCCAGGCAAUUAAAGCAAGGGAGGCAUUGAUGCUAAGAAGAGAUCUUAAUCCAAAAACUGAAGAGUUACCCCAGCAGGAACUUUACAACAUGCCUGUUGUUUGA